AUGUUCUCUUCAUCCGAGUGGAGAACCUCGGAUCUGACAGACUCCAUCAACGGAAAAAAUGUCGGUUACUUGGUGGCAUAUCCUACUUUUUGGAAUGGGGCAUUAGUGGUUUUGACGGCAGCUAUUCCUAUAGUACGGGUUUUAUACUUGAUAAACAAGAACAAUAAGCCCCAAAUUGGUCUUAUAUACGAACCAAUGGAUCGAGCCAAGAAAACAAUCAAAGAGGGGUUCAAAAACAAGGAAAGCCUGUAUAUGCCGUUCUGGAAAGAAAUAGACGACAUUUGGAACAUGCAUCUCCACAGCCCACUGCACUGCGUCGGUUACAAUUUAAAUCCAACUCUUUUUUAUACAGAUGAUUACCACAAUGAUUUAGAAGUUCACAAAGGACUUUUUCUUUCUAUCAUCAAAAUGAAUGGAGCUAGCCGCAUUCAAGAGCUGAUCAUGACGCAAUUACAAGAUUAUUUAAGGGCUAGUGAUGCUUUCAAUGUGGGAUCCAAAUGCUUAUCAGAUGUUUCGCCAGCACUCUGGUGGAAAAAAUUUGGAGAAAAAUAUCCUGAAUUGCAACGAAAUGCAACUCAAAUUCUUAGCCAGAGUUGCGAUGGUGCCUCAAAAUUCAAGCUGAAAAGGAGUUUGGUUGAGUUUCUACUCACAAAGGGACAUAACCGUAUAGAGCAGCGAACAUUAAAGGAUUUGAUAUUUGUCCAUUAUAAUUUGCAGCUACAGAUUUUUGAGACGAGCCAGAGCUCGUACUUCUCUGCCAAUGAGAUCGGUCCAAUGAAUAAUCGGAAUGUUGAUGAAGCACAAAGUGGUGACAUUGACCCGACACUAAUGGGCUUCGAUUAA